AUGUCAAGAAUCGAGUGGUACGCAGGGUCUGGUGAGACAGUUUCGAGAUAUUUCAACGCAGUUCUUAGGACAGUCUUACAACUUCACACUGUUUUGUUAAGAAAACCAGAACCGAUCACAAAUACAUGCACCGAUGGAAGAUGGAAGUGGUUUCAGAAUUGUCUAGGUGCGCUAGACGACACAUACAUUAAAGUGAAUGUUAGUGUCGUCGAUCGACCUCGAUAUAGGACGAGAAAGGGAGAGAUUGCCACAAACGUUCUUGCGGUGUGUGAUCAAAAUGGGGAGGGAUAUUAUUACCUAUGUGAUGCUGGAUACCCCAACGCUGAAGGAUUCUUGGCACCGUACAGAGGGGAACGAUACCAUCUCUCCGAUUGGCGUGGAGCAGGAAACACAUCAAACUGCAAGAGAAUUUUUAAACAUGAAACAUUCUUCAGCAAGGAACGUUAUCGAGCGAGCGUUUGGUUGCUAAAGGGGCAGUGGGCUAUUCUUAGGAGAAAAUCAUUCUACCCAAUACAAGUCCAAUGUCGAACAAUAACUGCAUGUUGCCUUAUUCACAACUUAAUCACAAGGGAGAUGGGAAUCGGUACAAUGCUUAAUGUGCCCGAUGAAGAGAAUUCUGCAUCAGUUGGUCUUGAUGGGGAUCAUAUUGAAUUUGUUGAAUCAUUGGAGGAAUGGAUCAAGUUUAGGGAUGACUUAACAGUCAAAAUGUUUACUCAAUGGCAAAGAGCCUGA